AGCUCCCAAUCAUCCCUCCCAAGUUCCGUUCAUUCUUUUGGUUUCCAAAUUCUUCCACGUUCGGAUGGAACUCCUAGACUUACAGCAUGAAAACGAAGACCUACGCGCACGUCUUCAGGCAGCCACUCAAGCCAUUGACAAGAAGGCGUUGGAAUUCAUCGACCUGGAAAAGAAACUGGAAGAGGAACGCGGAAUAAUGACCUGUGAACUGGAAAAAUUGCGUGAGCGUUACGACAGGCUUCUGUCUAAUCACCAUCGUCUGAGUAAAAUUAAUCAUGAACUGGAGGCACGCCUGCUGGAAACAAUCGAUGCGAAAAACACUGAGAAGAAAUUCCUCUGCGAUGAACUGGAGGCUGCGAAAUCCAAGCUUGCCGACUGUGAACGACGACUAAGCAUAGUUUCUGCUGAACGGAACCGCUACAAAGACGACUGCUCUGUUGCAGUUAAUUUAUUGCAAACGAAUCCUGAUCAGUUUCUUCCACGAAACCCCAAGUCACGUUUUGUUCCGUCUCACUCCCUGCCUGAUGCAAGGCUAAUCGACCAACUGGUCGAGCACAUCUCCCGUUCCAGACACAUGCUUGUGCUGACUGGGGCUGGAGUCUCCACAGAAAGCGGACUACCAGACUAUCGGUCUGAACGUGUUGGGCUUUAUGCACGUACCGACAGAAGACCUGUUGAGUUCCAAACGUUUCUUCGUAAUGAGGAGGCACGGCGUUUUUAUUGGGCGCGUAACUUUAUUGGCUGGCCCUAUUUCUCACAGGUACAACCCAAUACAAGCCACCAUAUUCUAGCCGAUUGGGCUUCAAAAAACUGGCUGUUUGCUAUUAUUACGCAAAAUGUAGAUCGGUUGCAUCACCUGGCUGGUUGUAAUAGAAUUCUUGAACUUCACGGGACAAGCCACUAUGUAGUGUGCCUGAAUUGUCAACAUCGUUUUGGGCGUGCUGAAUUACAACAGAUGUUUCUGGAACUCAAUCCGUCUUGGGCAGUUUAUGACGGAAAGGAAAAGGUUGUUGCCCCUGAUGGUGACGUUGAGCUAUCGCCUAGCCAGACUCAGGGAUUUAAGAUACCUACCUGCCCUCAAUGUGGAGACGGUAUUCUCAAGCCGGACGUAGUGUUCUUUGGAGAGAACCUACCACCAUGGAGAAAAACCGAAGCAGCUCAACUCGUCGACAAUGCCGAUUCACUAUUAUGUCUUGGAACAUCUCUUCAGGUAGGUCUUCUACCAAUCACGUCUACCUUAUGUCCUUCAAAGACGUUUUCUUCUUACAGACUGAUACUUCAAGCUUGCGAACGAAAACUUCCUGUUUCAAUAGUCAAUAUUGGCCCGACUCGAGCAGAUUCCCUCGUUCAACUUCGCCUGUAUUCGCGAAUUUCUACUACACUGGAACUGGCUGAUCGAUUGCUUUCGAAAUGCGUGAACUUACUGACCAGAUGGUCCAUAGUUCGAAGUCAACCUGGGCAUCUCAGCUGCUCCUCUCCAGGCUUCAGCAAACUGGUGGUAUCUCAGCCUUUGUGUUUUCUCUGGAUGGCAGAGCAGCUGGGGACCGAAAGGGUGUUACAGCUGAACGAUUAUCAUUAUCAGCAUAAGAAACGAUGA